UGGUGUAAAUUUGUAGGUGAUUCUAGAACCAGCGGAGACUUCACACCGGAAGCUGUGGUUAGGGUUGGCGCAUUGUUUUGCGGGCGUUGACUACACAUUUUAUUUUUAUUCACUCUGGUUUCGACAGUAAACAUAGGUCACGUGAUUAUUCCGUGUCACGUGUGUGAACUAGUGAUUGGUUUUUAGUAUUCAAUUUUUUAAUUCCUGGAUUUCUAAUCUUCGGAAUCACCGGAAGUGACCCGUGACCUGAAGUGACGUGUCACCAUGGAUUCCUCGGACUCGGACGACGCCGUCGUGAUGACGUCACCGACGGGCGAGACGUACCACGAGCAGGACGUCCAGCACCUGUUCCGGGCCAUCCGCAAGGGCAAAGGUCACCUGACCCGCUUCAUGCUAGCCGCGUCAAACAACACACUGCUGAACUGUUGGGACAAGGACGGCAAGACACCGCUCAUCGAGUGCUGCUAUAUUAGGGAGGAAGGCACCAGAGACCACAUGGUCCGGCUGCUGAAAGAAGCCGGAGCCGACGUCAACAUGAAAGACCGGAACGGUCGCACGGCACUCAUCCACGCAUGCGAACAGAGGUGCAACGACAUUGUCCGGAUUCUUAUACAGCACUGUAACAUCUCCCCGGAUAUUGAGGAUGUGGACG